CAUCAUCUCAGUCACAAUUAGUUGCUGCUUCGACCAUAGUCCACUAGAAUCAUAGGCUAAGAUGUUGUCUUAUUCCUUGUGUCUGGGUCUUGUCCUCCUGGUCUCCGUAUCCUUUGGGGAACGACUUUACACCCAACCAUCGUUUUCCAACAAGGGUGCUUCUGUCACCCCGUCGUAUGGCAUAACUCCGACCACCGGGAAAAAGGGAGCAUUGACGUCCCCCACGCCAACUGCCCCCACCGGACCAGCCAAUCCUUUCAACCUUACUUUCGUCGUUGCUGCUCGAGACCUUCCCGUAAAAAAGAAGGGAGCUAAGGUAGAUCCCUAUAUCAAAGUGUCUCACCGAACUGGCACACUUCAAGAGGCAAAAGAUUGGGCCCCGAUCGGACAGACGGAGACACUUAAGGAGAACAACAGCCCAGAUUUCCUUAAAGUUUUCACUUUUGAAUGGACCAAGGGAAAAAAUCAGCAAUGGCAUUUUGAAGUUAAAGGGAAGCACACCAUCACUAAAGAUGAAGCGUUAGGCACCGCAGAUAUCAAAAUUGAUGAGUAUGUUUUGCAAAAGAACCAGGAGAUGACCAUCCCAUUGAGUAAUGGGGGUUCCCUAAUUGUUAAAAAAGUCCAACCAGUUACUUUCCGGCUCUUUGCCAGAAUGGUCCCGAAAAUGGACGCUUUUAAUGGUGCAAGUGACCCCUUCGUAGAAUGUUUCUGGAGGUUUGGAAACAAAGGAAAUGACACGCUUUUCUACACAACAAAGGUGGUUGAAGACUCGGAAAACCCAGACUGGAAUGAAACCAUUGAGUUCAAAAACUAUCAAAAAGGAAAGGACAUGUGGUGGCAUUUUAAAGUACAUGACCAAGACUCCGUCUCUGGGAAUGACUUUGUGGGGGAAGCCCUUGUCGAGGUAGAUCCAUUCGUCUUGAAAAGAGCUGCACAAAAUAAAAAAUUGUCCACUGACCCGAAAAACAAGGCGACACUAACUAUAACUCCAGCCUAAAACAAAAUCUUAAUGCCAAAAUUAUGCAGGCACUGGAGCAAAAAAUGAUUGUAUCUGAUUUGUUCUUGAAAACAACUUUUCUUAUAUUUACUCAUGAUGUCAUUAGUAAACUCGCAUUGGAUAAUUUGUACAAAGAAUUAUUUAAAGGUGAUGAUGCAAUUUUUUGUUGACUUAAUUGUGUGACAUUUAGCAUGAAAAAUACAAAUGGAAAAAUAUAUAAAAUUAAGAGACUGGUUUUAAUAAAAGCGAAUCUGAUAAUUUAUGAUUAUUAACAUUUGAAA